AUGGAUGCAGACGCAGAGGAAUUCCAGUUCCUGGGGAUCGUUGGCAUCUUCAAAGAAUCCAUCAAGAUCAUCCUCUCAUGGAGGGAGAUCUUCAUCAAGAUCACCCUAGCUCUCAUCCUCCCUCUCGCCUUCAUCUUCUUAGCACACAUCCAAGUCACCGAGUUCUUCUUCGCCAACAUCACCAACAACCAGGACUCCUUAGACAACACCCCGGAGGACAGCCCCACAUACAACACCAUUCUUGAUCGCCUCUCCUCGGAGUGGACCGCCUUCUGGCUUUUCAAGGCCGUGUACCUCCUUGCCGUCCUCAUCUUCUCCCUCUUAUCAACAUCGGCGGUCGUCUACACCGUCGCCUGCAUCUACACAGCCAAGGAAAUUACGUUCAAGAAGGUCAUGAGUGUAGUCCCCAAGGUCUGGAAGAGGCUCAUGGUCACAUUCUUAUGGAACUUCAUCAUCGUCUUCGCUUACAACAUCGUGGCUGUAUUGAUCAUACUCAUUUUUCUCAUCCUCUUCGGAUCUGCAACCAUGAUUAUAUUCGUCCUGCUGGUGCUAUACUCGGUUGGACUGGUUUACAUUACGGUGGUAUGGCAUCUGGCCAGCGUGGUUUCGGUUCUGGAAGAUUCGUAUGGAAUGCAGGCCAUGGUCAAGAGCAAGGAUUUGAUCAAGGGUAAGACGCAGGUAGCGAGUGCAAUUUUUCUUGUGCUUAAUUUUGGUUUUGCAGCAAUCCAUUCUGCGUUUGAGAAGCUCGUUGUUCAUGGGUUUUCAUUGGGGAUUGGGGACCGAGUUGUGUUUGGGAUCAUUUGCUGCAUGUUUCUCUUCGUGAUGAUGCUCCUGGCUUUGGUCGUCCAAACUGUUAUCUACUUUGUCUGCAAGUCGUAUCACCAUGAGAACAUAGACAAGUCCUGCUUGGCGGAUCACCUUGAGGUCUACCUUGGAGAGUAUGUGCCUUUGCAUGGGAAGGAUAUUCAAUUAGAGAAUUACUACGUUUGA